AUGCCGCCCAGCGGCGGCAGCGCCGACAAGGCCUCCAAGGUCAAACACCUGCUAGCGAGCUACUAUGACAUGGAUGACGGUGCAGAGGCUGUGUCACUGCAUGACACGCCCAGGCCCUCUCCGGUGCCGUCGCCGGCAGCACGUGCUCUGGGUCCCCAGCUGGCCAGCGCCUCGUCCAGUGGCAACCUCGACUCGGCCGCCUUGAAUGCCUCAUACUUUGACCCUGAUGCCUACCUCAAGCGCAUGCUGAAGGAGACGCGCCUGGCAGAGCUGACUGCCAAGCAGCGUGACAUGGCAGCGGAGGUGGGCGGCCUGGACAGCGACAUGCAGAUGCUGGUCUACGAAAACUACAACAAGUUCAUCACCGCCACCGACACCAUCAAGCUCAUGAGCGCGAGCAUGGAGGGCAUGGACGAUCGCAUGACGCAGCUUAAGGCGCUCAUAGAUGGUGUCGUAACCACCAGCAACUCAGUCAAUGGUAAGCUGGAGCGCCGGCAGGGGGAGAUUGAGGAGCUCAAUGCGGUCCGCAUCUUGCUGCACAAGCUGCAAGGCGUGUUUGACCUGCCCCGCAAGCUGCGCGCCGCCAUCGAGCGCCAGGCGUUUGAGGUGGCAGCUGAUGCCUAUGCUGACGCCGCGCCAUUGCUGAGGAAGUAUGGACACAAGGAGGACUUCCUGGAGUGCAAGCGGCAGCGGCUUGAAGGGUUACUGGCAGCGGCCGGGCUGAUGCUGAAGAUGCUGGCAGUGGACAAGGGCCUUUUGAACCCCACAGAGCUGGGUGUUGUGGACGAGGGCCUGCGCCAGCGCAUGCAUGCCAUGUUUCCAGCUGCGGCUCCGCCACAAGAGGGGGCCACCAUGGACAGCGGCGCACCCGCAUCAUCAGCACCCCCUCGUAGCAAUGGCCCGCUACCCAGCCUGCAUGCCGUGGUGGUGCAGCUGGACAGCAAGUUCAUCACCGAGAUCACCCACACCGCAGCACUGUUUGCAGAGCUGUUUCCGCCAGGUGGACGCAAGCGUUUAGUCAAGAUGUGCCGCGAGUGCUUUGCACGAUAUCUGAAGCUCACACGCCGUGCGCUGUCCGAUGCAUCGGCAAUCGCAGCCACCACCGCUGCCGGCAUCACCGCUGCGGGACAGCCAAUACAGCUGCUGGGUGACUUGCUGGCAAGGGCAGUGCAGGCGGCAUCGGUGGAUGCGGGAUAUGCGGCUGCCGGGGCCAUAGGAGGAGAGGACACCAUCGCUGCAGACUGGGGUGCCGCGGGCCUGCUGGAGGGGCUGUAUGUGGUGAAGACCGACCUCGUGCGCCUGGACAGCCUGCUGCCUGAGCUGUCUCCGCGCGACCGCGGGAGCGAGCUGGUGGAGCACACCGUGCGGCAGCAUGUCUCGCUCUGUUUUGCGGCCCUGGAGCGCCGCCUCCUUGGUACUGCCGAUGCGCUACGCGGUGCACUGGCAGAGCCGGCGGCAGCGCGGAAUGGGGAGGCCAAGCAGGGUCUGCUGUUGCAAGGGCUGGCAGUGUUGCAGGCAAUGAUGGUGCAGGGACUGGAGCGACUUCUGCGCAGCCUGAAGGAGUAUGAGCGGCAGAAGUGGGUGCUGGCUGGGUGGGGCGAGGUGUUUGUGAAUUCGGUGCACGGCCAGGUGUCCAACCUCUUCCUCAGCAUGUGCCAGCAGCUGCUCAUGGAGGCCCAGGUGGCGGCACCCGGCAGCCUGAACUCCGCGGGGGUUAGCAGCGUGCGCAGCACCGUGGAGUCGGCAGCGCCCUUUGCGGCAGUGCAGCGCCGCGGCACAUUGCCGUCCCCGAAUGGGAGCAGCAGCAUGGCUGCUAGUGGUGAAGAAGCCAGCACAGACGCCUGCAGCCGUGAUGGCACAGUGUCCGCACCGCCGCCCCCAGCACUGCUGCUGCUGCUGUGCAAGCUGUGCAGCUGUGCAGAGCAGCAGGCUGUGGGUUCGGCGCUAGUGCUGCUGCAGCAGCUGUACCCCGAGCGCCUGCUGUCAGGUGGCGACGAGCUGCCUGCCUUCCUUCCCUCCGAGCUGGGCCGCCAGCUGGCAGCGGCGGCAGCUGCUCUGCUGCAGGGCUAUACUCAGGCGCAUGGCGUUGCGCUGGUGGCGGCGGUAGAGAGCAGCACACAGGCCAUGGACUGGGUGAACCAUAAGGAGCCCCGUGCUGCACGCCCAGUAUGCAAUGCCAUAUUGGACAAGGUGGCAGAGGUGGGUGUGGAGGUGUCCUACCUGGUGGACGGCGGUAUCUCUGGCUCCACCAGCAGCGCACCUGGCGCCCGGCUCUCGCGCACACACUCGCGUGCCGCCAGCGCCAGCAGUGCUGCCUCCUGGGACAGCGCCGCCAUGUCGCAUUCGCGCACCAGCAGUCGCGUGGGCGGACUGGACAUGCAAGGGGUGUACAUGGAAGCCUCGGUGUCACAUAUGCUGAACGCAGGGCGGGACAGGGGUGGCUAUGUGGGCGGGCUGGAGCUAACACAGCCCAGCAUCUCCGCGGCGCUGCUGGCGCUGGCGCUGCGCGCUCUUGUGGACACGCUGCGGCGCCAGACACUGGGUCGCGCUGCCUUCCAGCAGGUGCAGCUGGAUGUGCACUACAUGCGGCCCGAGCUCCAGCGCAUGGUGUCGGGCAGCGCCAAUGGCCCCGCAGUGAUGCAGCUGCUGGACGAACUGAUGGCAGUGGCAAUGGAGCGGUGCAGGGAACCCCUGCUCCUGGAGGGCUCCGUGCUGGACCGAAUUUUGACAGGCAGCCGUCAGGGCAGGCAGCAGCAGCAGCAAGUAUCGCUCCUGUAG